AAUAAGAACACAUACGGAUUCUCUUAAUUGCUAACCUGCAAAAGCUAGAGAUGCAGACGGCCGUACAACCAUGAACUAGCAGUAGAAUCGAAUCCGCUGUUGUGUUGUCCGUUCUGGAAAGAGAAGAAUCGAAAAUCAAUCAGAAUUUUCUGCUUUCUGAAGAUUCUUGGUUAGAAAAGAGGAGCUGUAAUCAGGACUGGACGAUUAUCUCUUGACGGAUGGCAGCAUCGGCAAAAAAUCUCGCGGUUCUGGAUCAGUCAAAUAAUGGCGACUGGACAGUUGUUCUACCUCGUCGCGGCAGGCAGAGGAAAACUUUUCCGAAGCUCAGAAAUCGAGAAGAUCAGCGGACUUGGUCUCCCACUGAUCAGGCUAAUGAUACAAUCAGAGAAUCGAAACUGUUGCAGAAGAUGGAAAUCUGUAUUAAGAAAGUUGAGAGCUCCCAAUUUUAUCGAACUCUUAUUGACGAGCUUGGAACAACGCCAGUCUUGGAAUCCUUAAAUAAGGCUUUGGCAUCCGAAUCAAAGAUGGAGAUGGUAAUCUAUGGCGUAGGAAGCAUAGAGAAUUACGAAAAUCCUCGAUUGCAGCUCAGUCUUGCAAUCUUGUUGAAGAGGAAAUUUAGUUGGAUUGGAAGUUUGGAGGUGUUCGAUCCAAUUCUUUCUGCAACCGAAUGUCGGGUAAUGGAAUCCUUUGGUUGUUCAAUCCUAUCAGUAAACGAGGAAGGACGGCGAUGUGCGCAGAAGGCAACAUUGUUCUUUAUGCCCCAUUGCGAGGCAGGGUUGUACAACAAUCUUUUACAGGAAAAUUGGACGGUGGAGCUGUUGAAUCACGUUGUGCUGUUUGGAAAUAGCUUUGAGAUCUAUGGACAGUUUGUAUCUGAAUUCAAAAGCUCACCCGUUGUUGAUUCAGCGAAGUAUAUUUUAGCCUCAAGAAAGUUCACACGCGAGAUCAAAAUCAAGACACUUUCAGAUGAUUAUUUUGGUGCUUUCCAUGAUUCGAGUUGGCAUUUUUUCAGCCCUGUUUCACCGACGGAGCUGCAAUUCACAGAUCUUUGAAGAACAUUGUCUAGUGAUUGGAAAAACAGCCAGGCCGCCCUCAUCUUCCCCCACUGGGAAAAAAUUAGGGAACUUCAAGAGUACUGCAUCAAAUGGAAUGGGAGAAAAAAGGUAGGCAAAAAAGGUGCUUCCUGCUGGCAGCACAGACAAUCAAGGUUGUUAGCUGGAGUAUGGUCGUCCAAAAGUUUAAUCACAGCAGCCCAUUGGAAGCCUUGAAGAGUGAAAUUUCUGACAGCUAAACUGAAUAUUCUGAUGUUACCCAAACUACAGUAAAAGAUUAUUUCUAGAGUUAAGAAUGAUCCCUAUUUCACAUUUAAUUAAUCUCAUGUCAGUACUUUUUCAGAAUGGGAGACAUUAAUGGUCAAAGAAUCAGCAGGUUGACUAGACUUUACAUCUGCUACAAUAAAACCUUUUAUAGCAUUUAGCUCCAUCUACUUUC